GCGUCGCGGGAUGGGGGUGGGGGCUGAGGCUCCGCCUCGUCUCGCCUCCAGCCCGCCCCGCUCCGGCAGCCGCUACGGGAGGAGGCCGGGACGAUGCUGGAGACGCUGCGGGAGCGGUUGUUGAGCGUCCAGCAGGACUUCACGUCGGGGUUGAAGACUUUGGGCGAUAAAUCAAGAGAAGCAAAAAAAAGCAGACAGAGAACUGCUCAGCAUUCACCAGAGUUUUCUGCUGGACUGGAAUUACUGAGCAGAUAUGAAGAUGCUUGGGCUGCCCUUCAUAAAGGAGCCAAAGAUUGUGCAAAAGCUGGAGAGCUGGUGGACAGUGAAGUUGUGAUGCUCUCUGCACACUGGGAAAAGAAAAGGAACAGUCUGGUAGAACUACAGGAUCAGCUCCAGCAAAUACCUGGAUUUUUAGCAGAUCUGGAAUGCCUUACAGCAAGCCUAGCCCGUCUAGAGGCAAACUUUGAAGAAAUGGAGACUCAGCUGUUGUGUCUUGAGGACCUAUGUGAACAGUGUGAAUUCGAAAGAUACAAAUGUGUGCAGACGUUACAGCUGGAAAAUUACAAGAAAACAAAAAGGAAGGAACUUGAGACCUUCAAAGCUGAGCUGGAUGCUGAACAUGCACAGAAGGUUCUGGACAUGGAGCACACCCAGCAGAUGAAGCUGAAGGAACGUCAGAAAUUCUUUGAAGAAGCCUUCCAGCAGGACAUGGAGCAAUACCUUUCUACAGGAUACUUGCAGAUAGCAGAGAGACGAGAACCAAUUGGCAGUAUGUCUUCCAUGGAAGUGAAUGUGGACAUGCUGGAACAGAUGGACCUAAUGGACAUGUCUGACCAAGAAGCACUCGAUGUCUUUUUAAACUCAGGAGGCGAGGACAAUAAUAUGCUUUCUCCCAUGCUGGGGCCUGACUCCAGCACCUAUGUGAAUGAGAUCAGUCUUCAGGUUCCGAGCCAGUCCGAAUUACGCCACAAACUGUCUUCGCUGUCAUCCACCUGCACUGAUUCUGCCAGCCAAGAGGCGAGCGAAGGAGAAUCUCCGGUCGUUCAGUCUGAUGAAGAGGAGGUUCAAGUGGACACUGCUCUUGCUGCUGUCACUGAAAGAAAGGGUGCUUCAGAUGUUAGUGAUGAAAGUGACUCUCAAACUAUUUGAAUCUUAAAACCAUAUCCUUUAAGAAUGACUUCUGAAUGAAUGAACAAAUGAAUGAGGAGCUUGCCUGUGUCACAAUUUGCUAACCAAUCCAAACAGCCAGACCUUUUUACUAGUACUACAUGCAGCCUUUUUACAGAAUUGCCAGUCAGGUGGAGGUUGGUUUUUAACAAUAAAAAUAUGCCUAAAGCACACACACUUUAACAGUAGUCUUGGGGCUCAGGGGAGCAGUGAAACUUUUGUAUAUACUAUGUAUAAAAGAAGUAAAGGGGAAAGAUAAAAGUUACUACGACCGCUAACCUUUAAACGGCUGAUUGGGAAUCUUUCCAUUUGAUGUAUAAUGCUGACCCCAAAUUGUUCCCUGCAUGUUUUCAGCUGCUGCACCUGAAGGUUUAAGAUCCAAACCAAAAUGGAAAGCUAUUUUCUACUCUUUGCUACCUACUGUCUGCCUACCGCUUUUGUCUACUGAUGCAGCAGCACUUACUAUCUCACACUUCUUAUUCAGGACCGACUUAGUUAUCGUAGGUGUUAAGGAAAAAAGAGAAAUUCAAAGGAGGAGAGGUGCGUAUGCAAGUGUUAUACUCCUCGUGGAGCAGAUACCGUAGCAUUGUGUAAGCUUACUCCUCUUUCGACAUAAAAUAAAGUAUUUCUAUCCCAACCAUGUCUUUCACUUGAUUGCCCAAAGUACUUUCUCCAUGACAGCGUACAGAGGAGGCUAAUGCAGCAAUCAGAAAAACUGGUUAUUUAUCCUGAGCACCAGUGGAAUUUACUUUUCCAUGGUAACAUCUGUGUGACUGCACUGAGGCAAGCCAGCAAUUUCAGGGAAAUAAAGCUGAAUAAAUUACUAUAAAUGAAGUGCAUACGUUGUACAAGAUUUAAGAUGUAUGGUCGUCAUCUUAAUUCCCUCGUGUUUUUUUUUUGCAGUCGUUUUCUCUGCACUUGUGGUCUGGACCUAACUCCUGUUUCUUGUCAAGUCUCGCGCUCUGUUUGCAGGGAUCUGCUCUCCUUUGAGAAGCUUCCCGGCUCCCGCUCUUCACGUGCUGAGGGAAGGGAUGUAAUCAGAAGCGGCGUAAGUAAAAGGAGGAGCUGUGCUGCAGAUCUUCCCAAGACCCCGGCAGUUAGUGGUGGGCACUGAGGGAGAUGAGAGAUGAGAGAGAGCCACUGGGAGGAGGCUGCUUUCCUUCAGGGUUCGCUGUGUCUCCGUCCCCUGACUUGCAGGACAUGUUGGCUAGGAGCUCGCUACCUACCAGCAGAAAUAAUCCCUCCUUAGCAUUCAAUGAGGCCGCUGUCGAAAAGAAAGCUCUCUUGGAGGAGCUCGCUUCACUCACUCACUUUCCAGAAGACAGACAAAAUGUCCAAAAAAGUUUUGUUUUUUUAUUAAACCUCGUAGUACAAACCUGGAAAGUAAACAAAAAACUGGCAAUAAACAACAUGAAGUCUUUCCUUACAAGGAAAGAGAGCAGAGCAGCGCUAAUAAAUUAAAUGUCAAACUGUAAGCCAUAGUCAGAAGUUUACUGUCAAGAGGGAAAAAGUACACAGCAAGGCCAUAAAAACCAGACAACCACAUUUGAAAACACUUGACUCUGUUUAUGUUAUUGUUAAAUAUUCCAAAACAGUUCAGUCUUCUGCAACAACAACCAACAAAUCGUAGUAUAGGACUUUCCUGACAGUCACCACUGGCAAGCUCAGUGCAAUAUGGGUAGCUACGGUAUCGCUGAAUUCAAUUACGAAACAAAACAGUUUGUGAAAACAUUUUCCCUUUUUUAUUCCACACAUACUGUACACACAACCAGAAAAGGGCAACAGCUACUCCAUUAUUAUUUUUUGUUGUUGUUCAGUGAUGUAAGCAGCACUUAUAAAUGUUACAAGAAAAACCCUGUAAGCAUCCAAUCCAACCGAUGAAGAAAGUGAAACGUAAGGCUUUUCUUCAUCUCGUCUCCUCGCCGCCCCUCCCCCCACCCC